AUGCAGCGAGAGGCUAAAGCUCUCUUGAAAAGUUUAUGGGGCCACAAAAUGGAGAUGGAGUAAAAAGUAAUUAAGCAGCUUUUUAGCACUAUGUAGCCCAGUCAAAGUCCCACAGAUAGUCAGUUUGAUCAGAGAAAUGAAGACUCAGAAAUAAGCUAAAAAGAUAAUGAAUAAAUUCAUAAUGAAACUAGACAAACUUAAACAUAGUCCUAUUAGUAAACUUAGAGUGGUUACACGUAAUAUUAAUAUACCUAAAAAAAUACCAAUGGUAAUGGCUAUGCUAAUGGAUAUGGUGGAAACAAUAAUAAAAAUGGCUAUUAAAAAAAUAAUGGCUAUCAUAACAAUACUAACAAUGGUAAUUAAAAUGGGGGUGGUAGAAUAUAGUAUAAUAGAAAUUAGAAAUUUCAAUAAAAAUAAAACAUUUAAUAGCAAAAGUCUGGCCUUUAAUUGAGAUAAAUACCAAGGCAAAUCAGCAUCGAUACUUCAGUUGCCAAUAUAGAUAUGUCAAAGCUAUAAAUAUGGUCCUGGAAUGUAAAUGGAAUAAGAGCAAUAUUAAAGAAAAAUCGAGUUUAGGAAUUCUUUGAAUCUGCAAACCCAACUAUCCUAUGUGUUUAGGAAUCUAAAAUAGAUGAAGAAAGAAUGGCUGGAGAGAAGAUCAAGGAUAAAUUCCCAGCUGAUUAUUAUUAAUACUGGAAUUGUUGCAAGCCACCAAUAAAGGGAUAUGCAGGCACAAUUGUCUUUUCAAAAAUUAAACCUAUAAGCGUCGUCUAUGAUAUCGGUGUACACAAACAUGACAAAGAAGGUAGAACUAUCACUCUUGAAUUUGAGAAAUUCUACUUGGUUGGAGUCUACGUACCGAAUUCUGGUGCCACUCUUAAAUGGCAUGAUUAUAGAUGCAACGAGUGGGACUUAGAUUUCAGAGCUUAUCUUAAAGAUUUAGAAAGAAGAGGGAAGCCAGUGAUAGUUUGUGGUGAUAUGAAUGUUGCGCACCAAGAAAUCGAUAUCUUUGAUCCUAAAAGAAACGAAAAAAUGGCUUGCUUCACCCCAGAAGAGAGAUAGAGCUUCUCAAAUUUUACAAAAAUGGGAUUCGUUGAUACUUUUAGGGAGCUUUAUCCUGGUAAAAUAAAGUAUAGCUUCUGGGAUAUCAGAGAUAAGAGCAGAAAAGAAAAUAAAGGAUGGCGCUUAGAUUAUUUCUUAGUAAGCAAACCUAUUAAACAUACUGUCAUUGAAGCUGAAAUCCAUAAUGAGUAUUGGGGUAGUGACCAUUGUCCUGUUAGUUUGACAAUUGAUACUUCUUAAAUUGAUCUUAAAGAAUUUAAUGAAUACUAGAAGCUAGGACAAUCUUAAGACGAUGACAAAGAUGAACUUGAUAUGGAAGAUCCAUUAAAUGAGGAGCGUAAAAGUGAUCUUGAGGAUGACUAAUAAGCAGAUGACUAUUAAUAUCACUAUGAUGAAGGAGAUAUUGAUGAUAUUGACCAUAAAAAUAUUGGCAGUAUUGGAGAUGAGGAUGGAGCUGACUCAGAUGAUGUUGCUGAAAACCCAGAAGAGAUGCAGCAAGAUGAGUAUAAUUAAGAUAGCAAUACAAAAUGA